GCACGCGCAGGCUCGGCGCCUGCGCGUCGCGGGUCCCGAAGGCGUUGCCGGGAAACCUUCCGCCUGGAGCUGCGGUGGUUCCGGCUGAGAUGGCGGCGGCGCGGCUGGCCGCGGCCCUGCUGCUGCUCACGGCCCAGGUGGCCUGUGAGUUCGGCGUGUUGCGAGUGGUCUCCCAGAGCAGCAGUACCCGGGGCAGGGACUAUUGCAUCCUCUACAACCCACAGUGGGCCCACCUGCCGCACGACCUCAGCAAGGUGGUGAGUUGCCCCCUAGAGGCCACACUAGAGGCCACGUGUGCCUGUGGUCUGCUGCUGACACCCAUUCUGCAGCCAGGUUCCUGCCACUCACCUGGGAGUCCUUGGUGGACACCAUCCCUCUGGGCCUGGGUUUUCAUGCUCAGGAGUAAAAAAACUAAGGGCUGUGGGGAGGAAGGCCUGCUGGGGAGCCUGGUCAGACAGGGCUUGUUAGGUAGCUAACUGUCCAUAUCACCCCUCAGAGCCAUCCAUGUCUGCUUAUGCCCCCAUGCUGUUCCCAGAGAGGCGCCUGUCCUGAGUGGACCCCUCCACCCCUUCCCAUCUAUACUUAAGGGUGUGUGCGUGAGCCUCUGUAUACUUGGGGUGUGGGUGUGGGUGUGAAUGCACAUGUGGACUGCGUGUGAAUGGCCCCAGCCUCUAGAUCCAAAGUCUCAAGGUAUUUCAGCCUGCUCACAGUGGGCCAGCAUGCUCACAGUGGGCCAGCAUGCUCACAGUGGGCCAGCAUGCCAUUUUAGCCUUGAGUGAUGCUCAUGCCACUGUGACCGGGACUGAGGCUGGACACUUACUAGGCUUUGGAGGAUAUGCCAGUGUGUGUGGGUGAGGGCUUUGUGAGUCCUAGGUGCACUGGUUCCUAGCUUUGCAUGUUGUGGACAUGUGCGUCUCCUCACUCAGAGCAGCCUUAGCUGGGAGGACAGGCCUGGCUGGCCUGGUGUGGAUGCCUGUAGGGAUAGCUGGUGUGUGCUACUCCCUUUCUUUCUGUGGGAGGCGGUGGCCCUGAUGCCAUCCCCCUUGGUGGCCCUGAUGCCACCCCCCUCUGCGGCCCUGAUGC